AUGUCAUAUAAACGAAUCAAUGGAGUGGAUGAAAGUGAUAACCGAAAGAAAAGAAGAAACGAUGAUUUCGAUGCCUUUGAUUCGAUCAUAGGUGAUAUGCAUAAAUCUAAAGAGGCAACAACACAAGGUAAGACGGCAAGAUCUACAUUCUCAUCGGAAGCUGUCAUUAAGAAGAUCAUCGAUCUGACAAAGGAGAACGAUGUGAUGAACUUGGAGGUGGAGGCGAGAAUCGGAAGGUUGACGUCGGAGUUCAAGUCUGGUGUGAUUCAAGAGGAUUUCAAUACGUUGUACAGCGCGAUGCGAUCAAAGUUUGGUGAGCCGACCAAGGUGACAGAGACUGAUCACAUCUUUGACGACUAUCGUAUUGUGUUUUGCGAGGACACUCAGAAGGUGCUGCGAAAAGAGUCGAAAGUCGAUAAGAAUACCUUCAACUUGCCCACCAACUUGAUCUACGACAUUAGGAUAUCGGUGUCGAUCGAACAGCAACUGCCGGUGCCGAUCUACUUGCCCGAGGGCAACCGACCACGUCGUUACAAGACACGUUAUACAUUCACCGACAAACAAUGGAAGAUCGAUCUCACACAGGUUAUAAACUACACACCCGGUGUAGAAACACAGGUAUCCAGUCUCGAAGUCGAAGUGGAGUUACUACCAAACGCAAUCGAAGGUUGUACAAAUGUAGAUAAUUUAAAAUCAUUAUUAAAUAGAUUCCUAAAUGAAGCAAAGAGCUUGAUAUCUAUGAUUCAACCAAAACAAACAUUAUCAUUCCCAGAUGUAGAAAUGGAAAAAGUUAGUAAUUUUCAAGAGAUUAUGGAUUUAAAAAAAACAUUGUUUCAAUUUAUGCCUGGAUCGAAUGAGAAUAAACAAGAUACAUUCCCAGGUUCGAUGCCUAUAAAUUUCGGAAAGAAAUACUUUAGCCAUGUACAAGCGAAUGACUACUAUGUAUCAGAGAAGACCGAUGGUGUGCGAUACCUACUUCUGAUAGCGAAAGACAAUGUAUAUUUAGUAGAUAGAAAGUUUGAUUUUUAUAGUGUUAAAUUUGAUAAACUUAUAGAAAUAUAUGGAAAUGAUACAUUGAUGGAUGGUGAAAUGAUUAGACAACUACGAACAAAGAAACCAAUAUUUUUAGUAUUCGACUUGCUGUCGUGUCGUGGUGUUUGUGUUGCUGGUAAGGAUCUAUCUGGUCGUAUCGAAGCAAUCAGAAAUUCGAUUACAGGUCCUUUCAUGCACAAAGUUGAGAAUCAACAUCAUCAAACGCCUCUACCAUUUUUGAUAUGGGGAAAGAACUUCUUUAACAAAACUCAAAUCGAAAGUGUAUUCAAAUCAAUUAAACAGAGAGGAGAAGAUAGACAAUAUGUUGAUCAUAAAAGAGAACAUAAUACAGAUGGUAUCAUUUUCACACCGAAUACACCAUAUACACCUUAUACACAGAACGAUUUAUUCAAGUGGAAAUAUCUGGACAAGUGGACUAUCGAUUUUAAGAUUAUGGACAAGGGUCAGAAGGGAUGGUAUCUCACUUGCAUUGGAAAUGGAAAUAGCGACGUUGAGAUUCGAUCGUUGAACUUCUCGCGUGACGACAUUGAGAAUCUGCAGCGUGAUUUUAAACGUGCACGUGAUCCAAACACUGUGAUUGUGGAAUGCUCUUUCCAGCCAAACACUGGCAAGUGGAAAUAUCAUAUGGUGCGUGCCGAUAAGUUCAAAGCCAACUAUAUUUCGAUUGUCAUGGAUACGAUGGAAUCGAUUGCCGAAGCUAUCUCAUCGGAGGAACUGCAGUAUCGUAUUCCACUGAAGCACGAAGCCGACACUUGGGACUACGAGAUCCAAAAGAUGAGAGCAGCAAUGCUACAGAACCUCAAGAACAAGAAGAAGGCUGGUAAUUCAUCGUCGUCGUCGUCGUCAUCGAGUUCCUCUUUGUCGUCAAACAACACCUCGCAUAGCAGGCCACCCAACAGCAACAACAGCAGCGCCAAUCAUCAACAUUCUGGCCAACGACCAAAUAACAACAAUAGCAACAGCAGCAGCAGCAAUAAUAAUAACAAUCAAACCAACUCUGCAUACUACCAAGGUAGUAAUUUCGAAGGUGAUCCAUUUGGAACUGACGAAGAUAUCGAACCAUUCCAACAUGAUGGACAACCAAUUUUCGAAGAUACCACAUAUGAUAGAGAGGAUGAUCUUGAUGGUGAAGGUGAUGAUGAAUAA